AUGACACCAGUAUGCCGUCAUGAUCCGACGAGAAACGCCAGCAAUCCCGCAUGGUUAUCGAGGGGGACGGCGUCGCACGACCCGGACUUCGGGGAGAAACGCCAGCAAGGGCGCAAAACACCGAGCUGCUGCGAUGCCAGUACGUCGUCCUGGUCCUCGGCGAUUAACUCUGGCGGACCUACAAGUAGGGAUGCAUCCGUGCCCGGGUUCGACCUCGAAGAGAAACGCCAGCAACUCCGUAAGAUGAUCGUACGCCUCGAAGGCCAUAACUCGGUGCUCCGUUGCUCAUAA